UCACCAAGUCAAACGAUUCUCCUUCAACCGAGUUCGUAGAAGUUUCAUCGUUCCCUUGAGACUUCAAAUUCGCAAAUCAGUACUUUUUCCAGCCCUAGCGAUUCAUCAGUUUUUUCUUUUUCUUUUUGAUCAAACUCCACCGCAUUCUGGGGAUAUUCCGAUUAUGGGGAACACCGAGAAAUUGUUGAAUCAAAUUAUGGAAUUGAAAUUCACUUCGAAGUCGCUGCAGCGCCAAGCCAGGAAGUGCGAGAAGGAAGAGAAAGCCGAGAAGCUCAAGAUCAAGAAGGCUAUGGAGAAGGGGAACGUUGACGGAGCCCGAAUUUACGCCGAGAACGCGAUCCGCAAACGAACGGAACAGAUGAACUAUCUCCGCCUUUCUUCGAGGCUUGAUGCUGUUGUGGCUCGCCUCGACACACAGGCCAAGAUGACCACAAUUAACAAGUCCAUGGCGUCGAUCGUCAAGUCCUUGGAAUCUUCUUUGGCUACUGGGAAUUUGCAGAAGAUGUCGGAGACUAUGGACCAGUUUGAGAAGCAGUUUGUGAAUAUGGAGGUUCAGGCCGAGUUCAUGGAAAAUGCAAUGGCAGGUUCGACAUCGCUCUCGACUCCGGAGGGCGAGGUCAACAGCUUGAUGCAGCAGGUGGCGGAUGAUUACGGUCUGGAAGUCUCCGUCGGGCUCCCGCAGCCGGCCUCACAUGCAGUGCCGACCAGAGAAACUGAGAAAGUCGACGAGGACGACCUGACGAGGCGCCUUGCAGAGCUUAAGGCCAGAGGUUAACAGAAUGGCGUGAGAAUAACAUCUUAUUACUGUGUGAUGUAUAUGAAAUCUACGCAUUUAGAAGUUAUGGGUUAUUGGGCUUGCUAUGAAUAUUCAAAAGAUGUUGAUUUUAUGUCUAUAUUCCAGUGAAUUCGCUUUCAAUGGUAAUUUCUUAUCUGCGAAUUUGCUGUAUGUUUUCGAGGACUUGAACAUGGCGUUGAAUAUAAUUUUUUCCCUUAAAAACCCGAUGACGGGUAUGCAUAUAUGCACCACCUGUAACUGUGGGAUUCCAUGGUUGUAUUUUAUUCUUCUGCCAAUAUCCAAGAAAUGUUGCUUGAA